AAGGUAUAACCAAACCUACUUAAUGAGAGUGCGAAUAAAAUUAAAUUGGAACUUGUCUAAUACUCGCUCCUUCAGUUCAGUAAGUUCAUCUGAUCGUCUAAAAAUUGCGUUCUUUGGAAGUGAUCAUUUCUCCACGGCCCUGCUAACUGCAUUACACACCUAUUCCCAACUCCAUAACCAUACAAUCCAUGUGAUUACACCCACGCUAAAACCCACAGGACGGGGGUUAACUCAACUAAUUGACCUCCCGCUCGGAACACUCGCCAAUUCCUUAUCAUUGCCUGUCCAUCGUGUGGAAAAUUCAUCCGAUAUGAAUGAAUUAGUGUCGCAUCAGUUUAAUUUAGCCAUUGCGGUAUCAUUUGGGAAACUCAUACCAAGUAAGUUCUUACAGAGUUGUAAAUUUGGCGGAUUGAACGUACAUCCUAGUUUACUUCCGACGUAUUCUGGUGCUUCACCUUUGCAAUACGCUUUGCUUAAUGAUGAUAAGUUCACAGGUUGUACUGUGCAAACUCUUCAUCCUACAAAGUUUGACAAGGGUGAGAUAUUACUACAAUCUAGUAAAGUUGAUAUUUUAGACAGUGACAACUUCGAGAGUUUGGAGAAGAAGCUCAGUGAUAUUGGUGCUAGAUUACUUGUGGAAACUAUAGACCAGAGACUAUUUCUAGAUGGAGGGGGAAUUAAAAGUGAGUAUCCCUUCUCGCUUGCUCUGAAAAUCCCAAGGAGUAGGAAACAAGUACAUUGGACUAACACCACUGCUAGACAGGUUAAACGAAUGGAAGAUGCUCUUGGAUCAGUAUACACUUUCAUCCAUGUGAAUCUCAAACGUAAGGGGAAACAGGUGGUUGGUACUCAUCGUGUAAUUCUUACCGGGAUAUCAGAAUAUUUUGAUGAGGUUGUAUUACAACAUCCUGGUCAGUUCAUACUAGGUCCAGAUGAUUCACUUAUUAUCAAAACAAUUGAUGGUUACAUAAAAGCAAAAACAGUCCAACAACAAGCAAAAGUUAAACAAACACCACAGCAGUUUAUGUCUAGUUUCCAUAAAAACAUUGGUGAUUCUCCUCAUCAAUUUAUAGAUCAAUAAAUGUAUAUAGUUACGAACAACUUUAAAAUUUACACUAUAGCU